AUGAAACUGACGAAUCGUUCACAGUGUCACUAGUAUCUGUUAACAAUGACGGAUCACUCGGAUCACUCACGACAACCACUGUGACCAUUGAUAGCGACGACGCACCAUGCGGAGGAGCCUGUAAAGCAAAUGAACAUUGUGACAUGCAGUCCCAGGAAUGCGUCUGUAACACAGGAUACAUCUUGUACAGAAAGAGCUGCGUUCUGCCUUGUGGUGGACCAUGUGGAUCAAACGAACGAUGUGACAGAGCAUCGAACAGAUGUGUCUGUCUCACAGGAUACCUAACAUACAAAGGCGCAUGUGUUUUGCCAUGCGGAGGCCCAUGUGGACCCAACUCUUAUUGCGACAAGAACAGGAACGAAUGUGUCUGUAACAAGGGAUACCUUUCAUAUCACGGAUCAUGUGUCUUGCCAUGUGGUGGACCUUGUGCACCAAACUCUUAUUGUGACAAAGGCAGCAACCAGUGUGUCUGCAACAAAGGAUACGUCCUGUUCCAUGGAUCAUGUGCUCUGCCCUGUGGAGGAAAGUGUCCAUCCAACUCCCGCUGUGACUCUGUAACAAACCAAUGUGUUUGUGUAAAAGGGUACAUCUUCUUCUCAGGCUCUUGUCAAUUACCAUGUGGAGGACCUUGUGGCAAGAAUGCCUAUUGCGAUCAACAUUCAAACCAAUGCGUCUGCAACACAGGAUACGUUUCAUUCAAAGGAUCGUGUACCCUGCCAUGUGGAGGACCGUGUGCAGCCAAUGCCUAUUGCAACCAACACACAAAUGAGUGUGUUUGUAACCAAGGAUAUAUGAUAUACAAGGGAUCAUGUGUCUUGCCAUGCGGUGGACCAUGUGGACCUUACGCUUACUGCGAUAAGAGUAGAAACCAAUGUGUCUGUAACUCCGGCUACGUUCUCUUCCAUGGAUCGUGUACCCUGCCUUGUGGAGGACCAUGUGCACCUAACGCUUACUGUGACAAAGGCAGCAACCAGUGUGUCUGUAACAAGGGUUACAUGUUGUUCCAUGGAUCCUGUGUCUUGCCAUGUGGAGGACAAUGUGGUUCCAACGCCUUCUGUGAUAAGGGCAUAAACCAGUGUGUCUGUAACACCGGAUAUAUACUGUACCAUGGAUCAUGUACUCUACCAUGCGGAGGUCCAUGCGGAAAGAACGCUUAUUGUGAUCGUCUGUCUAACCAAUGUGUUUGUAACCAAGGCUAUUCACUAUACAAGGGAGCCUGUGUCUUGCCAUGUGGUGGACCAUGUGGACCAAACGCCCGAUGUGAUAUGGUUUCUAACAAGUGUGUGUGUUACCAAGGAUACUUCGUCUUCAAAGGCUCGUGUGUCUUGCCUUGUGGAGGACCAUGCGGACCAAACGCCUUCUGCAACAAAGGAACCAACCAGUGCGAAUGUGACAAAGGAUACUUUUCGUUCCAUGGACAAUGUUCUCUGCCAUGUGGAGGACCAUGUGGAGUUAACGCCUACUGUGACAAAGGCAGUAACCAGUGUGUCUGUAACAAGGGAUACAUCCUCUACCACGCAACCUGUUCUCUGCCAUGUGGUGGAGAUUGUCCUGUCAAUACUUACUGUAACAAGGGCGACAACCGAUGUCACUGUAACCAAGGAUACAUGGGAGACGCAUACAAUGGAGGAUGCCAUCUGCCAAGUGUGGUUCAGUUUGUUAAAAUCAGUUAUAACGUGAAGGAAGGUGAUGGACAGGUACAAAUUGAUUUAGAGAGAACCGGCGGAACAUAUCAGUCUGUGUCGGUAACUUGGGUAACUCGGGCUAUUAGUGCAUCAUACGGCAGCGACUUCUCAAACAACCAGGGAUCAGUCACAUUCAACAACGGAGAAAAAACUCAGUCCCUCUCUAUCAGUAUUGUCAAUGACCAGGUCUAUGAACAGACUGAGACAUUCUCUGUGAGUCUGACGUCAGUUUCAGUUGCUGUUGGAGCUACUAUCGGUAGUAGGAACCUGGCAACAGUUACUAUUCAGGAUAAUGACAAACCAUGCGGCGGCCCAUGUGGUCCUAAUGCCCACUGUGACAUGCUUUCCCAGAAAUGCGUUUGCGACACCGGAUACAUCCUCUUCCAGGGCUCUUGCUCACUUCCAUGUGGUGGACCCUGCGGAAAGAACGCCUACUGUAACCGUCAAUCCAACCAAUGUGUCUGUAACUCCGGAUACAGGCUGUACCACGGCUCGUGUGUCUUACCAUGCGGUGGACCCUGUGGCCCCAACGCACAGUGUGAUCUGACAACCAACAAGUGUGUCUGCUACCCAGGAUACGUUUUGUUCAAAGGAUCUUGUACCCUGCCUUGUGGAGGACCAUGUGGACCAAACGCUCGUUGUGAUCGUUCAACCAAUCAAUGCGUUUGUAACACAGGAUACUUUGUAUAUCACGGAUCAUGUGUCUUGCCAUGCGGAGGACCAUGUGGACCAAACGCCCGCUGCGAUCGCUCAUCCAACCAGUGUGUCUGUAACACAGGAUACUUUGUGUACCAUGGAUCUUGUGUCUUGCCCUGUGGAGGACCAUGCGGACGUAACGCCUAUUGUGAUAAAUCCAGAAACCAGUGCGUCUGUAACUCGGGAUACGUUCUUUUCGAACGAGCCUGUACCCGACCAAGCACAGUACAGUUUGUCCAACCAAGCUACACAGUCAGUGAAAGUGCUGGAACUGUAUCAAUUGUGGUAUCCAGAACCGGUGGAACCAGUAGCUCGGUGACAGUGUCCUGGUCAACCCAAGACAUAUCUGCUUCUUUCGGAAGUGACUAUAAGCAAAACCAGGGAUCAUUUACAUUCACAAGUGGUCAGACAACCAGUACAUUCUCUAUUGGAAUUGUUAAUGACGGGGUGUAUGAACAAUCUGAGACAUUCUCUGUAACCUUGAGCGUACAAUCAUCUCAAUCAACUAUUGUCAGCGUCGGAAGUCCGGGAACAACUACAGUAACCAUCACCAAUGAUGAUCAACCAUGUGGUGGUCCAUGUGGACCAAACGCCCGCUGUGAUUUGAGUUCACAGAGAUGUGUAUGUAACACUGGAUACUUCCUUUACCACGGAACCUGUACAUUGCCAUGCGGCGGCCCAUGUGGACCAAACUCCCGUUGCGACAGAGUCAGUAACAAGUGUGUCUGUAACACUGGAUACUUUGUAUAUCACGGAUCAUGUGUCUUGCCCUGUGGAGGACCAUGUGGACCUAACGCCCGUUGUGACCGUUCAUCAAACCAAUGUGUCUGUAACUCAGGAUAUGUUCUAUAUCACGGAUCUUGUACCCUACCAUGCGGUGGACCAUGUGGACCUAACGCCCGCUGUGACAAGAACAGUAACCAAUGUGUCUGUAAUACUGGAUACGUACUUUACCAUGGAUCAUGUACUCUUCCAUGUGGAGGAGCAUGUGGACCUAACGCUCGCUGUGACCGCUCAACCAACCAAUGUGUCUGUAACACAGGAUACGUCCUCUUCCACGGAUCUUGUACUCUGCCUUGUGGAGGACCAUGUGGACCAAAUUCUUAUUGCGAUCGUAACGCCAACAAAUGUGUCUGUAACCAAGGUUACAUGGUGUACCACGGAUCUUGUGUCAUGCCAUGUGGAGGACCAUGUGGACCUAACGCUCGUUGUGACCGCUCAUCAAACCAAUGUGUCUGUAACUCAGGAUAUGUUCUGUACCACGGAUCUUGUACCCUGCCUUGCGGAGGACCAUGUGGACCUAACGCCCGUUGUGACAAGACCAGUAACCAGUGUGUCUGUAACACCGGAUACGUACUGUACCACGGAUCUUGUACUCUUCCAUGCGGAGGAUCAUGUGGACCAAACGCCCGUUGUGACCUCUCAACUAACCAAUGUGUCUGUACCACAGGAUAUGUUCUGUACCACGGAUCUUGCACUCGGCCAUGUGGAGGACCAUGUGGACCUAACGCUCGUUGUGACCGCUCCACCAACCAAUGUGUCUGUAACUCAGGAUACGUCCUCUUCCACGGAUCUUGCACUCGGCCCUGUGGAGGACCAUGUGGACCCAAUUCUUAUUGCGAUCGUAUCUCCAACAAAUGUGCCUGUAACCAAGGUUACAUGGUGUACCACGGAUCUUGUGUCAUGCCAUGUGGAGGACCAUGUGGACCUAACGCUCGCUGUGACCGCUCAUCCAACCAAUGUGUCUGUAACUCAGGAUAUGUUGUUUACCACGGAUCAUGUACCCUUCCAUGCGGAGGACCAUGUGGACCUAACGCCCGUUGUGACAAGAACAGUAACCAAUGUGUCUGUAAUACUGGAUACGUACUCUACCACGGAUCUUGUACUGUGCCAUGUGGAGGAUCAUGUGGACCUAAUGCUCGAUGUGACCGCUCAUCCAACCAAUGUGUCUGUAACACAGGAUAUGUACUGUACCAUGGAUCUUGUACUCUGCCAUGUGGAGGAUCAUGUGGACCUAACGCCCGUUGUGACCGCUCAUCAAACCAAUGUGUCUGUAACUCAGGAUACGUUCUUUACCACGGAUCAUGUACCCGGCCUUGCGGAGGACCAUGUGGACCCAAUUCUUACUGCGACCGUAACGCCAACAAAUGUGUCUGUAACCAAGGUUACAUGGUGUACCACGGAUCUUGUGUCAUGCCAUGCGGUGGACCAUGUGGGCCUAACGCUUACUGCGAUAAGAGUAGAAACCAGUGUGUCUGUAACAGCGGCUACGUUGUGUUCCAUGGAUCAUGUACCCUGCCAUGCGGAGGACCAUGUGGACCUAACGCUCGCUGUGACAAGACCAGUAACCAGUGUGUCUGUAACACCGGAUACGUACUGUACCACGGAUCUUGUACUGUGCCAUGUGGAGGACCAUGUGGACCUAACGCCCGUUGUGACAAGAACAGUAACCAAUGUGUCUGUAACACCGGAUACGUAAUUUACCACGGAUCAUGUACUCUUCCAUGCGGAGGAGCAUGUGGACCCAACGCUCGUUGUGACCGCUCCUCCAACCAAUGUGUCUGUAACUCAGGAUACGUCCUCUUCCACGGAUCAUGUACUCGCCCUUGCGGAGGACCGUGUGGACCCAAUUCUUACUGCGACCGUAACGCCAACAAAUGUGUUUGUAACCAAGGUUACAUGGUGUACCACGGAUCUUGUGUCAUGCCAUGUGGAGGACCAUGUGGACCUAACGCUUACUGCGAUAAGAGUAGAAACCAGUGUGUCUGUAACAGCGGCUUCGUUCUGUUCCAAGGAUCAUGUACCCUGCCAUGCGGAGGACCAUGUGGACCUAACGCCCGUUGUGACAAGAACAGUAACCAAUGUGUCUGUAACACAGGAUACGUACUCUACCACGGAUCUUGUACUCUGCCAUGCGGAGGAUCAUGUGGACCAAAUGCUCGUUGUGACCGCUCAUCCAACCAGUGUGUCUGUAACUCAGGAUACGUACUUUACCACGGAUCUUGUACUCUGCCAUGUGGAGGAUCAUGUGGGCCUAACGCCCGUUGUGAUCGCUCCACCAACCAGUGUGUCUGUAACUCAGGAUAUGUUCUCUACCACGGAUCAUGCACUCGGCCUUGUGGAGGACCAUGUGGACCCAAUUCUUACUGCGACCGUAUCUCCAACAAAUGUGUAUGUAACCAAGGUUACAUGGUGUACCAUGGAUCUUGUGUCAUGCCCUGUGGAGGACCAUGUGGACGUAACGCCUACUGUGACAAAUCUAGAAACCAGUGUGUCUGCAACUCGGGAUACGUUCUUUACCACGGAUCAUGUACCCUUCCAUGUGGAGGAUCAUGUGGACCAAACGCUCGCUGUGACCGUUCAUCAAACCAGUGCGUCUGUAACACAGGGUAUAUCCUGUAUCAUGGAUCUUGUUCUCUUCCAUGUGGAGGACACUGCGGACCAAAUGAACGUUGCGACGCCAUGUCUAACCAGUGCGUGUGUAACUCAGGAUACAAGCGAUUCCACGGAGGACCAUGCUCUUUGCCAUGUGGAGGCCCAUGUGGACCCAACUCCUAUUGUAGCCUAGGAUCGAACAAGUGUGUCUGUAACGCAGGAUACUUCAUGUUCCAGGGUUCAUGCGCCCUGCCAUGUAAUGGAGCUUGUGUGUACAACGCUUACUGUGACAAAGGCUCAAACACGUGUAAAUGUAACACCGGACUUGUGGGAGAUGCCACAAAGAAAUGCGGAAUUCCUUGUGAUGGACGAUGUGGUUCAUUCCCACACUCUUUCUGUGACCACAACACAAACAGGUGCGCUUGUGAAACCGGCUACAAAGGCGAUCCGUACGGAAGUCUGGGAUGUGUAUGUGACCACAGUGGUCGCGGAGGACGUUAUUAAAUCCUAAAUAAUCCUAUAUGAUGUAUCUUUUAUCUUAGUGUAAUAAAAUUAUGUAUAUUUUCAGCAUGCACGAA